CCUCCCAGACGGAACAUCAUAAAGAGUGAGGGGGGCGGUGGUGGAUCAGAUAUAGGGCAGCGGGGAUGUGUGGACGGUCUGAAUCGAGGGAUAUUACUGUAUAGCUGCUGGCUGAUGAUUCAUUGUCUGUGCGUGUCUGCUGGAGUUGGAGCUCGUGGAUGUGGAUGCUGCGUUGAUGCCCGCUGACUGGAGCUGGUUGCUGAGAUGCUGCUGACAGGCCGAGUCCAAUCAAACACCCCCCUGUACCGUGGAUGGAGCCCGAAGCUCAACUAGCUGAAAGAGAAUCAAUCGGGGAAGAAAAAAAAAGAAAGCAACAGGCCAGUUGCGUCCUGUGUGAAAGGGGGGGACCGGAGAGAGGAGCAGCGGCAGCCAGCGGGGGCAUGUUCUGAGCGGGGAGCCGGUGAGCAGCGGCGGCUGGCGGGAUGAAGGCGCCGAGGAGACCGAGGCAGACGCGGCUCCUCCCGCGUUUCUGCGUCUCUGUGGUCGGUCUGCUCGCAGCCGCCUGGGUCUUUCACUUCAAUGAUGUUACAGGCUUCCAUGGACCCACUGUGGAUCAUGACAUCUCCUUUUCUAAGAGAGAGAUCAUCCAGCUGAAAGAAGCCAACAACCAAACUGAAAGUAUUUCUAAAUCUGCUGUCAGUGAUUUUCCCGAAGACGUCUUUACUCUGGAGCAGAGGAGACACGGAGCGGUACUCCUUCAUGUUCUCUGUGCUAUCUACAUGUUUCACGCUCUGGCCAUCAUCUGUGAUGUUUAUUUUGUGCCAUCACUGGAAAAAGUAUCAGAGAACCUUCAGCUCAGUCAGGAUGUUGCCGGGGCAACCUUCAUGGCAGCUGGGAGCUCCGCCCCCGAGCUCUUCACCUCUUUGAUUGGGGUGUUUAUCACAAAAGGAGACGUGGGCGUGGGAACAAUUGUAGGAUCAGCUGUCUUUAACAUCCUGGUCAUCAUCGGCAUCUGUGGCAUCUUCUCUGGACAGCCCAUCAUUCUGAGCUGGUGGCCUUUGUUUCGUGAUUCUGUCUUCUACAUCAUUUCCAUAGUGGUGCUCAUCCUGGUGAUCUAUGAUGAAAAAGUCAUGUGGUGGGAGACCAUCAUCCUGAUCUCCAUGUAUGGAAUCUACAUAAUUAUCAUGAAGUUCAACAGCUCUCUGUAUAGCCUGGUAGAGAGACACUGCAGCAGGGCAGGUCAGCCGUGUCUGAGCAGCCUGCGUCGGACCACUGCGGUCGGAAGCAUCGGAGACUGUGACAAUGACAUGGUGCCGCUGAAGCCAGAUUCCUGUGUAGUGGCUGGCCAGGAUUCAGGGGUGGUGAUGGUGGAUGAGAUGCUUAACCUGCACCCCCACCAACUCUCCUUCUCAGAGGCAAGCCUCCGCCUUCUCAUCACCCCGCAUUUCCCCCCCUUCACCCGCCUGCGCAUGGCAGGACGCAUGAUCAUCAAUGAGAGGCAGAGGCUGAUUCGUGCCCGGGUCGGCCCGGAGGAGGGGGGAGCUUCAGGGGAGGAAGGCGUGGGCACUAACGGGCCGUGGGGGGGGAGGGAGAACGGGACGGUGGCCGAGGGAGACACGCAGCCACUGGAGGGAGAGAGGGAGAGGGGUAAAGAGACUGGGGGAGAGACAGGCGGGGGAGCGCAGCCUAAAGAGGAAGAGGAGGAGGAGGAAGAGCAGGAGGAAGGAGAGGAUGAGAAUGUUCCUUUCAAGCCCUUCGUCCUGCCAGAUGGUUGGUGUGUGCGUCUGAAGUGGCUGAUCUCUUGGCCCGUGAGCAUCCUGCUUUACUGCACCGUCCCCGACUGUAGCCUGCCGCGGUGGGAGCGCUGGUACCUGCUCACCUUCCUGUCCUCCACGCUCUGGAUAGCUCUCUUCUCCUACCUCAUGGUCUGGAUGGUGACCAUAAUCAGCAACACACUUGGAAUCCCAGAAGUCAUCAUGGGCAUCACUUUUCUGGCAGCCGGCACCAGUGUCCCUGACUGUAUAGCCAGCCUCAUCGUCGCUCGACAAGGGAUGGGCGACAUGGCUGUGUCCAACUCCAUUGGCAGUAAUAUCUUUGAUGUGCUGCUGGGUCUGGGCUUCCCCUGGGCGCUGAGGACUCUCAUAGUCAGCUACGGAUCAGUGGUGACGAUCAACAGCAAAGGCCUGGUGUACUCAGUGAUUCUGCUACUGGCUUCAGUCAUACUCACAGUCCUGUGUGUCCAUCUGAACUGCUGGAGGCUGGACCGCAGGCUGGGACUCUGCCUCAUUCUGCUCUACGCCAUCUUCCUCCUCUGCUCUAUCGGCUUCGAGAGGCUGUAGAGGACACCCACACACACUCACCACGCACAGUCAUACAACAAACAAGUGGUCCGACCUCGUUUUCCCACCUUCUGCUGCCAUUAUUCAAUCAACUGUAGGGACAGACCAAUUUUCAUUUCAUUUCACGGUGGAUGUACGUGUUGGAGCAGCGUCACGGCGACGACGGCUGCCUGAAAGCUGCAUUGUUUACCUUUGAUAAACGAGUAUUUUACAUAGUUUUGUACCGAGCAGCCCAGAUUUUGUGAAAUCAAAGCCAACUGAUAAUGCACUAUGUCUCACAACAAAUUUAUAAAGUAUUGAAUUUGUAUUCUGAAACCAAGAAUAUUGUGUAAGGAACCCCAAAAGUGUGUUAGUUUACCUAUUAAUACUUUACGACUGCCACAAGUAACCUCAAUGACCAGAUGAUGAUACGUGUAAGUUUAUAUAGUUGCUUCUCAGUGCGUGCGGUUACCUAAUGUUGCGUUUUCAUCACGCCUUUGUGUCUGUAGUUGUAAACAGCAUAGCAUGGCUGAUCAUCACGCUCCAGAUAAUUGCACUAAACCACUGUUGUCUUGGCCUUGUACAGAACGUAGGCCCCCCCCCCUCUCUUUCCUAAAAAGCUUCUCAGCACGGAGGUGGUGUUUUUGUGCUGGAACAAAGGCGACUGUAUGCCGCAAAGGUGUUUUUAUAUGUCUGUGUUUGGAGAGAGUCCUUGAGUGUAUGUUGUUGAGUGCAAUUAAACCGUUUCGUUCUGUGA